AUGGGCGAGCAGUGGAUACCAUGGAAUCGCCCCCGGCAGGUACUUCAGCCAAUGCCUCUGGGCAUGACCUGCAAGCCCUGGUUCAAGGAAAGGCUGCCUUCUAAGUGUUUAGCGAAGCACAAACAGGAAAAACUGAAGUUCCCUACUUCUCUGGAUGGACGGCGCUGGGUGUUCGUGAAGGAAGGGCUGGACGAUUUCAGGAAGGGCUGCCCGCCUUGUGAAGGUAUGAUCCUUCGUGGCAACAAAGAGGGCUUUCUCCCUACAAUUUCUCAUAGAGUCAGGCGCGGUUCCAGGAAGAGUCAGAAAAAGCAGGGCCGAGAGUUGAUGCUGGUUUCCCCGCUGUCGCUGGCCCAGCAAGAGCGAAAGUUCUUUGUGGAGAGAACCGAAGCAAACCUGACUCAGCAUCCCUUGACUUUCUGGCCCCUGGAGGAAGGGAUUUCUGAAAAUCUCCUAUUAAAUGUGAUGGAAGCACUUGACCCUGAGCGGGAGUUGGAGGAGAAGUGGGAUUUUUGUGAGGGCCACAGAAAAUCAAUCGAUCUGCCUGCCAUUGCAGACAAAUACCCUCAAAAAAAAAUUGACCUGGAUCCUCCCAAGUUUCCUGGGUCACGUAAACACGGUGUGCUUCAUGAAAACAAGCCCAAAAAACAGGAGUCUGGUGAAUCUUUUUAUUACCGGUACAUACCCAAAGGAGUCUAUGACUUCUGUGAAUGGGUUGACUCAUUCGGAGAUUUAGGCAUUGAUGAAGAUUUCAUGAUGAAGCAAUUUGACAUUGGCUAUGAGUGCAAACCGAGCUAUGGAGACUCCGCCAUCAAGAAAAUUAGCGUGCUUCCUUCUGAGCUCAAAUACUGCAGGAGGCUGAGCAAAGUGAAGGAGAUCAGAUUCUCCAUACAGGAGUCAAACUUUGAAAGGAAACUCCGAAAACCACUUGAUCCCUACAAGUCCACCAGGGAUAAGAUUAGAUAUGGAGCAUGGUACCUGAAGCCUAGUCUGUGGAAAAAGCUAAUAAAUGAUGAGCCUUUGAUGGAUCCUGACUACUUACUUGAACUUGAAGGUGAAAGGUUUGGUAAACCAGACAUCAUUGACGACCUUUAUGGAACAAUUGCCUUUAAGGAUUUCAUCAUAAGCAAAGGCUACGAUAUGCCAGCCAUCCUUGAGAAGCUGUUUAUGAGGAAAGGAUGGGAUUACCAAACUGUCAACACUCCAAUACCAAGAGUACUAAGAGCACAUGAAUUGAUCAUGCAGAGAAAGGAUGAAGAUUACGAUGAUGAAAAUGACUAG